UAAUUAACUACGUUUAAAAACAUAAUAUGUCUGACAACGAACAAGAACAACAUUCAAUCGACGAACAGUCCCCCGUCAACACUCACGAUGAACCAAUGGGUGAAGAGGCUGCUCCAGCCUUGGAAUCCCGUAAGGUUUUCGUGAGACCUUUGGACUAUCAAACUCCAACUGAAGAAAUCGAAGAAUUCUUUGCUCCAGCUGGUGCCAUCGCCGAAGUGCAAAUGAUGAGAGGUUAUGCUUUCGUCUCUUUCGAAGAAGAUGGUGCUGCUCAAAAAGCUGUUGAUGAAUUCAACAACACCGAUUUCCAUGGACAACCAUUGAUUGUUGAAUUGGCCCGUGAAAGAAAAGAAGAUACCAGAGGAAAAUACAGAGUUAAGGUUACCAACUUGCCUGAUGGAACUGCUUGGCAAGACUUCAAGGAUUUUGUCAGAGACAAGACGGGUACUACCCCAACCUUUGCUAAGGUUUACAGAGACUACGAUUCUGGUGAGGUUAUUGGUGCCUUAGAAUUCGGCGCUAGAGACGAAUUGGAAGGUGCUAUUCCAGUGUUAAAUGGAUCUGAAUUCCAAGGUGCUACUGUGGAUGCUGAAGAAGAUACUUCUCCAUUUAUUCCACCUCCAAGAAGAGGCGGAAGAGGAGGUUUCGGUGGCCGUGGUGGUUUCAGAGGUGACUUUGGCGGUAGAGGCGGUGGCUUCAGAGGUGGCCGUGGUG